GUGGGACCGGACGUGGCAGAGGCCGUUUCCGGCCAGCUCCGUGGCAGGGACGGGCGGCGGGAGCGAGCGCAGCGCGGAGCGGCAGGCGGGCCGCGGCCGGGCGCGGAGAUGGUGCUCCUCACCAUGAUCGCCCGCGUGGCGGACGGGCUCCCUCUGGCCGCUUCCAUGCAGGAGGACGAGCAGUCAGGCCGCGAUCUUCAGCAAUACCAGAGCCAAGCGAAGCAGCUCUUCCGCAAGCUGAACGAUCAGUCUCCCACAAGAUGCACUCUGGAAGCAGGAGCCAUGGCUUUCCACUACAUCAUCGAGAAAGGAGUGUGCUACCUGGUCCUGUGUGAAGCUGGCUUCCCCAAAAAACUGGCCUUUGCAUAUCUGGAAGACCUGAAUUCAGAGUUUGAUGAGCAGCACGGCAAGAAGGUGCCAACAGUCUCCAGGCCGUAUUCCUUCAUUGAAUUUGACACCUACAUCCAGAAAACCAAGAAGCUCUACAUUGAUAGUCGGGCGAGGAGGAACCUGGGCUCCAUCAACACAGAGCUGCAGGAUGUGCAGAGGAUUAUGGUGGCAAACAUUGAGGAAGUCUUACAACGAGGAGAGGCACUUUCAGCUCUGGACUCCAAGGCCAACAACCUGUCCAGCUUGUCCAAGAAGUACCGCCAGGAUGCCAAGUACCUGAACAUGCGUUCCACCUAUGCCAAGCUGGCAGCCGUGGCUGUGUUUUUUAUCAUGUUGAUCGUUUAUGUGAGGUUCUGGUGGCUGUGAGCCAGCUGUGCUCAGGAAGAGGGAAAGCUGGUAGCCUGGCAGGUGUAUGUGUGCAGGACACUGUUCAUGGGGGAUGUGCAUUAGAAUCCACUCACCUUUACGGGAGUGUCCUCAAAUUGUUAGGUGACUCCUGACUACUACACCUCUUACUGAAGCCUAACAAUAGGUGUAAAGGCUUUUCCUCUGAGGCAGUUUGCACUAGGGUACUGCAGGGUUUGGCAUCUCUCAGUUCUGCCCCUCAACCCUUCCUGGGGCGAGCUCUGGGAGCAGUCAAUCAGUGCAGUUUAGCAUCAUCACCUCAAACGUCCUCCUGUUGAGUAGCUCUAGUGGGAACUGGACUCUAAUGAACAUUCCUUGUGUUGGCAAUGUUUGUUUUUUAGAAUCUGGGUCUGCAGUUGUUUUUCUUCCUUGUUUUUUAAAAACAAGACUCCCCUGUUUGAAGGCAAAUACUGCACUGUACAUAUAAAAGCUUUCACCUCUGUCUGAAUAGCUGUUGUUGAGUUUUCUGUGUCUGGCAUCUUGGCUUGUUACAUUUUAAAUUGCUUUAGAGAGAAAUGGAUGUUAAAUUAUGCCUUAAAAUACUUUGUCUAGUACUAGGAGGGGCAAUGAAAGGCUUCUAUGUUACUGAUUAUAAAUAAUUAAACUACAGAUUUGUAAGUGUCCACUUUCCCUCUCCUAAUAGCUGUGUAUGACAGUUUGUUUCUAUGUGAACAAGGUGUGUAAUUCAGUCCUGUUGGAGCAGGCACAGUCAACACUCUAGGUUCUUUUUUUUCCUUCUAUCUGCAGAUUCAUUACAUUAUUUCCUUUUUUAUAACUGUGCUUUCCUUCAAAAAUGUGUCAAAGCUGCCAGCAUUUCAUCUCUGGGAUGCUUGUUUUCUUCUUCUUCCCUUGUUCCCUCACAAAACAACCAAAAAAAAAACAAAGCCACACUCUGAAUGUUGGGGAAAAAAAGGUAAUGCUUCCUUAAAGAACACUUUAACUUUACCUGAAUGAAGCAUUCAAAAGGAUAACUUUAGAACAGGGAAUCCUUCGGAAACACCACCUUUUUCCCCCCCCCCUCUGGUCACCCUCUCCCUACCUCACUUGGGAAGCUGAAACUGUAGGUGAAGAAAAACUCAUUGUGGGACAAUAGUAUAUAGCUUCUUUCUUAUGGGCCAAUCUAUAGCUUUCCAGUUUAAUGUGGUUUUAUUUUCAGCUGUGUUGGUGUGGGUUUUUUUUUUUCCUUUGGUCCAUCUGUGCUAAGAAUAACAUUUUUACCAGUCAGCUUUUGGUUUUAUUUUGGUAGAAAAAAAAGAAACCCCAUAGCUCAGGCACUUUACUGCACUUAAGUGUCUGUCUGCCACUUGGUAGGAAGCAGGCAGUGCCACAGAAGGAACUUUUGGGACUCCCCAGCACCUUUAACAAGCACAUAAUCUUCUGUAGUUCAGGAACUAUAAACUGUGACCUGGAAGCAUUUCCUGCAACUAGGUGGGAAACAAGGAGCUGUUGUCCUGUCCAGCUUGGCACCAGGGCCUGGCAGGAAAGCAGUUAGCAUUUAUCCACCAAUAAGCCUAGCAAAUCUGAUUUGCUGUGUAGUCUAAAAAACAUCUGGUUUCUGCAUGAUGCCUCCAAGUGUUACUUUAUAGAUUGCUUUGUUACUAUUUUCAUCAUUAUUUUAAAUCAUUUUAAGUGGUGUCCUUAUCAGGUGAAUGUCCCAGUGAUGUAGGUCUGUGUAAUGUAGGUGCUGAGAGGUGAGCAGAUGCUGACUACUUGUGGAUUGUUGUGGUGGAGAGGAGUGACAUUUCUGCAGCGAAAGGUGGCCUGGUGAGCAGUUGCCUCCUGCAGCCCCGGUGUCAGCAGUGAAAUAAAUGCUUCUGAAAAAUC